GUUCAUAUUUUUUAGUUUUGUCGCUCUAAAUUAAUUUUUUCUUCAUUUUUCCUUUACUAUGGACACUUAGAUUAAUAAUAUUUGAAAAGGACGUCUACUUUUGCGUGCAAAAAUGUCUCUUUUAUCGCAGCAAAGUGGAGAGGACAGUUCGUACAUUUUGGUGGCCAGGUUGGACAAUGCUCGCAAUAUGUCAAAUAUUCUUAAGGCUAUACACUUCAAAGAGAGUGCAACAUGUUUUGUUAGUUCUAAUGGUAUAAAGAUGACAGUGGAGGAUGCCAAGUGUGUACAGGCCAAUGCAUUUAUCCAAUCCAGUGUAUUCCAGGAAUACACCUUCAAGGAAGAGAGUGCUACAUUUAGAGUGAAUCUCAAUGUUCUAAUGGAAUGUUUGAAUAUUUUUGGGAUGUCUAAAGAUUCUGGAAUGUGCGCAGCAUUGAAAUUAUGCUACAAGGGCUAUGGCUUCCCAUUGGUGCUCAUGCUUGAAGAGGGUGGUGUUCUGACUGACUGCAGCAUUCAAACAGAAGAACCAGAUGAAAUUCUAGACUUUGAUUUUAGCAGUGCAAAUGUGCUAAACAAGAUCAUUAUGAAGUCCGAGUGCCUACGAGAGGCAUUUAAUGAACUGGACAUGACAAGUGAYGUUCUGCAGAUAUUGAUGUCUCCUGAUAAUCCAUAUUUCCGACUCUCAACUUUUGGUCAUGCAGGCAGUACACAUUCAGAUUUCCCAAAGGAUUCGGACAUGGUUGAAUCCUUUGAAUGUGAACAAACUCAGACAAAUAGGUACAAAAUCAAUCUUGUGAAGCCUUCCACAAAAGCCUUGCACUUAUCUUCGAAGAUUUCAAUAAGAAUGGAUGACAGAGGGUUUUUGUCUUUACAGUACAUGAUAAUUAAUGAAGACAGUCGAGUUUGCUUUGUAGAAUAUUUGUGUGCGCCUGACGAGGAAGUUGAUGAUUUUGAUGAAAAUGAUAGCGAGACAGUUUGAAGAAACACUGCACUGUUACUCAUAAUAAUAUCAUAAUGGCUACUAAAUUUAGAAAUGUUGUAUAUUUUUAUUGACAUUAAAAAUUUUUUUACUCAGAAUACAUUUAAUAUUAAAAUGCUUAGUUCCAGAAAUUAUCCAUCAGGUCCCUUAACCCCCGAAAUUCUAAUUUCUUCCAUACAAACCUCUAGAUCUUCUUUUGGAAAUUCCAAAAUUCCUCUGCAGGGAGGGCAGUUAUUUCUGGAACUACACAAUUAAUGUAUGAAAUGUGUUGGAGUAUUUCUAAUUCUAUUUAUCAAUUCCUAGGAGAGAGAAAGAAGGGAGUGUCUUUAUUUGUGGACUUUUUAUAGGUCUGGAGAAGACUUUUCCUCAAAUCUUCUUGAGUACCAUGAAACAAUGGUUCCAAGUUGAGGUUCGACAUGAUGUGUUCAUAAAUUUACUCUAUUUUAUCUUGUCCAACCUCGACUUGGAGUACUGCUUCAUGAUGCAUCGGAUCCAGUUGAUAUGGAAUAGUGACCUACAUGUACAUAGAAAUAAUGUUACUGCAAGACUGAGGUGUCUUGAAUGUGGUGAAAAUUCACCAGCGAAAAAUAAAAACAUCAUUGCCACACUA